ACGGACAGUUGUAUUUGUUUGAGUGACAGUGAGAAAGACGUGGCCUCCGCUGCGGGUGAGGAAGCGCUGGACAGCAUGUCGGAGGAGGAGGACCUGUCUGACUCCGUGCCUGACGCGCCGGUACCGGCCGCGCAGGUGUCUGCUGCGCCGGUACCUGCGGCGCAGGUAUCUGCUGCGCUCCACGGCGACAGAAGACCGGACGACACGUCAGCUGAGGGGGGAGGCGUUCUCGGUCAACAGGCGGCUCACAGCGGCUCAGACCUGUUCCGAGCGGCGGGGGAUCCAGCUGAGAUCCUACUGUCGACAGCCGAUGUUCCCGUGAGGGAGGGUGAGCAGCACCGGACCAAUGCCGCUACUCCCAUCCGGGCGGGGGGGGCCCACGGAGUUGGCCCUGCCUCGUUAAAAUCUGUUCCCGUGAAGGGGGGAGCUCAGCCCCAGAACGCUGGCUCUGCCCCUGGCCGGGCGGGAGAGGCUGCGGACCUCGUCCCGAAAGGAAUGUCUGGAAUGUGCGACGCUGCUGCCUCAGCUCCGCUGGAGGGAGAAAUCCGACGGAGAGAGGAGAGCUGCGGUGAAAUGAGCAUGACAUCCUUUUCUUUACCCCCUCAGGACAAAGUGGACGUGACUGACGACGUGGACGAUUCAGACAUGGAAGUUGACAGGCUGACGCUCCAGCAGCGGAGGACACUCUCUAUGAAGCAGACUGGGAAGGCGAAGAAGAAGAAAUCGGCGAAGUAAGAGACAUCUUGAAGA